CAUCAAGACUGAACGACAUGCCAUUAAACUGUAUCCUACGAUACUGGAGGAAAUCAGUACCGCAACCAAGAGGCACAGAUACUUCAAUAUGAGAAGAUGGAACGACCCUCACCCUAUUUGCUCCAUGAGCCUGAAUCUCCGCCAUUCUGUUCACAAAUUGUUGAAGAGGGACUACAGGAGAGAAGUGCAAUUGCCAAGGAUGAAUUCAAAUAUGGAAAUGGAACACCGUCCAAAGAGGAUGGCCAACAAGCCGGCCCGGUAUCAAACCACGUCCUCCGACGAAGAACCGCGAAAGCGUUUAAAGGUGGCCCCCGGAAGUAUCGUCGAGGACAUAACAGACCUGAGGGCUACCUUGCAGGGCGCGGACGAUGAAUUUGUAUCUAAUUAUACACAACACGAACACACGAACACAUACACAUCACUAGACACAUACUCGCCAUACACAAGCACAUACACACCACCAAACAUAAACAUAUACUCGUCACACACACCACCAAACACAUACAGGCCACCUCCAACAGUAUAUGCACCACCAACGCAAAGUUUACAUAUUCCAGAUGCAGCGGAGAGUAGGCCUGAACCAGGGAUGCAGCAAGGUCCGGAACCUACAAAUUUACAAAUAAGGGAUCUAUAUACAAAAAUUGGCAACCUGGAGUCCAUGGUGACGUAAGUAUUGAUUGCAUGUUAUUAAAGUAUAUAUAAUUAUCAUUUAUCUUUAUAGGAAACCCCAUUCAUUAUUGGAGAAGGUGGCGAAGCAGCAGCAGCAGCUGCUGCACCAGCAUCAUGGAAUUCCGUCAAAGCCAGCGUUUCUACCAAUUUCAUCGCUGGCUGGAAUGACGGAAUUCCAAAAUAUUGAUGAAGACAGGUACACGGAAGUUGUAAGUGAAACAGAAGUCUCAUUUUAUUUAUCUUUAUGUAACAAAUGUUUGUGU